AUGAUGCCUUCCUCCCUCCCCCGCGGUGUGCGCACGCCCCGCCCCUCAUUUUUCAUCAUGCAUGCCGAGCUGCCAUCGGCUGGUGUGCGAGAUGAGACGCAUCUUCGCGGUGUACUGCUUCUGACGCUCGACGUGGCCCUUCCGACGUCGCAGUUGCGUGGCGGCAGGGGAGUACAACGCGGUGGCCACUUGGUACGUGCUGACGGGCCGCUCCGACGCCGGCGCGAAGGCGGCGGAAUAGCCGAUGGAGUCCACGUACGUCUGCUUCUGCAGCUGUCGAGCGGCGCGGGAGAGGCGCCACAUCCGGCGGUGUCUCUAGCUACGCGGCGCUGA